UCUCCUAUCCUCUCUCUCUCUCGCUCGCUCACAACUCACAAGUCAUCUCCCUUCAAUUCCCACCCGAAACUAGCUUUCCCACGAAAGAGCUUCCGUCUUUCUUUUUUUUUGUGUUGUUGUUGUGUUUCUGAGUCUGUGCUAGUUUCUGGGCCUUUUAUUUUCUGAUUACUCGGUGUCAAAGUUUUCGGCGAGAUCUGAUCGUAGCCGGUGGUUAGUAAGUAGUUGACUGUUUUCUAAUUCUAGGUCAAAAUUAUUGGGAGAUUAGGUGGGGCUUUUGUGUGAAUUUUGAGAUUAUUAGGGUUUGUGAUGAAGAGAGGAAAGGAUGAAGAGAAGAUAUUGGAACCCAUGUUUCCUCGGCUUCAUGUGAACGAUGCAGUCAAAGGAGGGCCUAGAGCGCCUCCAAGAAACAAGAUGGCUCUCUAUGAGCAACUUAGCAUCCCUUCUCAGAGGUUUACUGAUCGUGGCUCCUUUCCCCGUAACACGGUUCCUCCUGGACCAUCUAACCAGCCUUGUGACGUGGAAAGAAACUUAUCUGCGCAACAUAUUGAUUCUUCGUCUACGGGCCAAGCAACAGAUAACUUUGUCUCGCAAAUGCCCUUCAUGGAAAAUGUGCGGACUUCGGCACAGAACGAUCAGAGGAAAAUAGCCAGAGAGGAAGAUGAUUUCGCAGUUCCAGUAUUUAUUAACUCAAGAAGAUCUCAGUGUCAUGGCAGUAGCAUUGAGAAGGAAAUACACACCACGUUGGUUAAAGACCAGGUCAAGGGGAGCACAAAACGAGGUGGCUUUGUUAACUCUUCAGGUGUAUCAGCUUCAGAGGAAAUGGAUCUUGAGAAAACAGCAUCGAGUAGUGACAGAGUAAAUGAUCGUAGUGCAUCCUUGAGGCAAGAGUCCAGAAAUAGGCCUGACCGAGAUGAUCGCGAAACACAAGUGCUGGACAGCAAUAACAUGGCGUCGGAGUGUCAUUCAGAAGAAGAAGGUCAUGGUAAUCCUAAUGAUGUUGAUAAUGGUCCUGAGUACCGCAGAAGUGCAGGAUAUACCUCUAUGCAACAGAUAGAUGAAGAGGCAAGUGAUGAUGUUUCUGAUAAUUCGAUGGUGGAUUCUGUAUCCAGCAUAGAUGUCUCUCCUGACGACGUUGUGGGAGUAUUAGGUCAAAAACGUUUCUGGAGAGCAAGGAAAGCUAUUGCCAAUCAACAAAGAGUAUUUGCUGUUCAACUGUUUGAGUUGCACAGACUGAUUAAGGUUCAAAGACUUAUUGCUGCAUCACCGGAUGUCUUGCUGGAUGACAUAAGUUAUCUUGGAAAAGUUGCUGCUAAAAGCUAUCCAGUGAAGAAGCUUCUUCCAUCAGGGUUUAUAGUGAAGCCUCCUCUACCACAGAUCAAACACAGAAGCAGCGAUUCGGAGAAGACUGACCAACAUAAAAUGGAAUGCUCAGCUGAGAACGUAGUCGGGAAGUUGCCAAACCAAGGUCAUCAUCAACCUUCCAACUACAUGCCUUUUGCGACCAACCAACCCACUGCUUCACCAGCUGUAAAUGGAUGUUACUAUCCUCCUCAGCCUCCUCCUCCAUCGGGAGGAAACCAGCAAUGGUUGAUCCCUGUAAUGUCUCCUUCCGAAGGGCUGAUAUACAAGCCGCACCCAGGCCCGGGACAUACAGGGCCGGUUUGUGGAGGGUACUAUGGUCAUUUCAUGCCUGCACCGAUGGUCAUGGGUAAUUUCAUGGGUGGUGGUCCUCCUCCGCCGUUUCACCCGGGCAUGGGAUUCACAUCUCAUGGUAAUGGCUACUUUCCACCAUAUGGUAUCAUGCCUACCAUGAUGAACCCUUACUAUUCCGGACAACAACAACCCAAUGAGCAAAUGAACCAGUUUGGGCAUCCCGGCAAUUUUCAGGACGCGUCGGCUUUGAACAACACCCAACAACAGAGCUCCGUGAAUAAAGCGGCUUCACAACAACAACAGCCAAUGAAAUCUUAUCCUCGGGCUAGAAAGAACAGGCAAGGGAGCACAGGAAGUAGUAGUCCAAGUUCUCCAGAGGGAGUCUCUGGUAAGAACUCUUUUCGGCCAUUCUCAGCGGUUAAUGAUGACAACAAAGCACCUGAGGAAAUGAUGACGACAACCACAACAACAACAACAACUGUUACUCAGACGACAAGAGAUGGAGCAGGAGUGACGAGAGUGAUCAAGGUGGUUCCGCACAACGCAAAUCUGGCGAGUGAGAACGCUGCAAGGAUUUUCCGGUCAAUACAGGAAGAGCGUAAACAGUACGACGCUUUCGCUGACUACCCUUAAGCCUCUGUUUUCUGUAUCAUUAUAGUAUGAACUGUGUUUGCGACUCGUUUUGCGUUUUAAAAUGUAGAGAACUGUGAUAGAUGUUAUUCUCCAAAUUUGUAUAAUAUAAACGAAUGAAAGCUUGGAUGUCAUCACUCAUUCAUAUAUAUAUAUAUUGAAGUCUUAC